ACAGUUCUCUUCUCCUCUCUCUCUCUCUCUCUCUUUCUCUCUCUCUCCCUAGCCUCUUUUCCUCUUGGCCCCUUUCCCUCCUCCAUCCCUCCGCGGCGUCUGCGUCAGGCCCCUACUUGCGUGACGCGCGGGGUCUGGGUGGGAGCUGUCCACUCGCCUGGGGUGCUGAAUGCAGCAGCGGCGGCCGCGGCGGCGGCGGCAGCGGCGGAGAUAGCUGAGAGCCUUCUCCGCUGCAAGAACCUUGUUUCCAUUUCUCGGACGGUCAGCUCACCGCCCCGCCACCUCCCUUCCAGCACCACCCCUUUGGGAACUGAGCCAGGGGGGCAGCAGUCGCGGCGGCGGGUGCUGAGCAACGGCGGAAGACGAGACAACACCUGGCAGCAGCCUGGAAUCUGAUUUGCUUCCUCUCGCCUUUUAUAAGAGAUAUAUUUAUAUACGGCUUUGAGGAGUCGCGAGGACCAAGCCGGAGCCAACUGCUGGCUGUCUCCCACCUCGGCCACACUGCUUCGUUUCCCCCUCCCCACCUGCAACUGGCACCGCAAACAAGCCUUACCUCGUUGCAUCUGCGAGGAGGUAGCAACAGCGAGCCCAACCAGCCGGAGGCAGCGGAGAGGAGGGAGGGGCGUGGGGGGGGGGGGCAGAGAGCCGGCCGAGGCCGCCCUUGGUGGGGGUAGCGGGGGCAGAGCUGCCGUGAAGACCCAGCAGCCGCCCUCCUCCACCCCCACCCCUCCAGAAGCACUCUUUCCUGAUUAUUUGAGAACCGAAUUAUUAUUCUUCCACUAGUUUUAUUUCAUUUUUUAUUGCCCCCCCUCCUCACUCCCCAGCCGCCCCCACCCCUACGCCUGCCUCGCCGCUGGUUGCAUGGCAGCGCUGCCCGGGAGCGGGGGCUCAGAGCCGGCCCCCAGGGAAGGAGGAGGAGGAGGAGGAGGAUCAUGAAGCCGGUAGUCGCGGCCGCGCCGGACGGCGAGCAGCAGCCAGAGGACGAGCCGGAGCAGCCCCCGCCCCGGAGACACCGGGACGCCGACCAGCAUUCACUGCUGCCGCCACAGCAGCAUCGGCGGCCGCGGGCAGACUCGGAGCAAGAGGAGGAGGGCGACAACGGCCCAGAAGAGGAAGAGGAAGAGAAGGCGAGGCCACUCACCCGCCCGGAUCUGCCCUUCUCCCGGCCUUUGCCCCUCGCCCAAAGGGACCUUUGAUGGAGCCAAAGAGAAGGGGCCCUGGAUUUACAGACUGCCGCAGGGGUGGGCUGGGGGCUGAGAUCAUGUAACUACUCCUUCCUCCUGUCUCUUCCCACACGCCCCUUUUCUCUACCCCUUCUCUCUGCUCCACUGCCUCCUGUCCCCUAUACACACACCUUUCCUCUAGCCAGGAUCUUAAUGCUCAGGAAGGAAGCGGCUCUGCAAGGGUUAAAGGAUCUUUUCUUUUUUCCCCCUUUCUUUGCCCUUCCUCAGUCCAUUAUUCUCCCACUUCUGUUCUCCUUAAUUGGCUUUACCCUCUUCCGUGCAGCCUUUUGGCUGCAGAGGCAAAGCACAAGCCCCUUGCCCAAUUUCACCUGCAAUCCCUACUCACGCCCCACCCCCCAACCGCUCUCUUAAAAACAACUCUGGUGCUUCUGGGGAUUAAUUGCCCCAGUUUUCCGCCCAGGAGAAUUAAAACUUCUCCCAACAUCCUCUCCUCCCCACCGUACCCCCCACCCCCCACAACCAAUCUCCAGCUUCCUGAGGAAAACUAUCUUUUCUCUCUGCACAUACAGUACUCAAUUUUUCACUGAGCUGUUUUGCCCUAAGUGCAGCUCAGUCCACUCCAAAUUUGAUUUAUAAUCGUCCCCACCCUUUUAUACAAAAGAAAAGAGAUUUCCCACUGCCUAGGAAUUUGAGAAGAACUGAAAAUAUCUUCUCUUGGGAAACUUUCUGACAACUAGACCUUGAUCUCAAGGCCCAAAGAGCCCUUCCUCAACAUUUUUUUUUAAUCCCCCUUCCCCUGCCAUACCCCCAAGUCAAAGGCAAAAAAGGAGACACUCUGAGCAAAGCUAAGGUUGGUGUGGGGGGGGGGCAAGAAAACCCUUUUUGUUGUUGUCAGGCUUUCCAGGGAGAGUUCAGAACCAGUGACUCACAGUUCUCUGUCCUGGGGGCAAUUGAUUUGCUACUUUGAGGGGGUGUAAGAGGAGGCAGCAAGAAAGCAGAUUCCCCCCAUAACACAGCUCUGCUGGGGACCCCCCCAAAACUAUUCUCCUAUCUUCCUUUGAAAAGACUCCAGCUGCCCCUCCUGGGCUCCCUGCUUCCCCUGGGCACAUGCUGAUGCCCUUGAGCGGGCUGCUCGGGUGGUGGUGGUGCUUCUGUUGUUGCUGUGCCUGGUACCGCUGUGGAUCGUGUGCCCCGGCUCCCCAGAUGUUGCGCCACCAGGGUCUCCUCAAGUGCCGCUGCCGCAUGCUCUUCAAUGACCUGAAGGUUUUCCUACUGCGGCGCCCCCCUCCAGCGCCCCUGCCCAUGCACGGCGACCCCCAGCCCCCCAGUUUGGCGGCCAACAACAACACCCUUCCGGCUCUGGGUGCCGGGGGGUGCGCAGGCUGGAGGGGCCCUCGAGAAGGGGUGGGCAGGGAGACCACUCCUCUGCCACCUCCACCACCUUUGCCACCUUCUUCUGUGGAAGAUGACUGGGGUGGCCCAGCCACCGAGCCACCCACCUCGCUGCUCAGCAGUGCCUCCUCAGAUGACUUCUGUAAGGGGAAGGCUGAGGAUUGCUACUCACUGGGCAGCAGCCUGGACAGUGGCAUGAGGACCCCGCUCUGCCGCAUCUGCUUCCAGGGGCCGGAACAGGGGGAGCUGCUGAGCCCAUGCCGCUGUGAUGGCUCCGUCAAGUGCACGCACCAGCCCUGCCUCAUCAAGUGGAUCAGCGAGCGGGGCUGCUGGAGCUGCGAGCUGUGCUACUACAAGUACCACGUCAUCGCCAUAAGCACGAAAAACCCUCUGCAGGAAAGUCUGAGAGUAAGGACGUUUGCGGUGGAGAGUUUAUCUGCCAAUCCAAUGGAGGGCAAGGGCCGGGAGGAGGAUCUCAAGUUGGAUUCAGGAGGGGCCUCCCCUACCUUCGCUUUGGCAGUGGGCCUCCAGAGCAGAGGUUUUCUGGAGAAGCCUGUGCAGCAACCAGAGAUGAGCUUUUGCUGCCAGAACACAUUCGAGAGAAGAGCCUGCCUGGCUGAGAACGCGGAGCGCAUCUAG